CGCAGCAAUGGAUGGCGCAAGUGGGGGCUGCACGCGCCCACGGCUCGCCUUCUCUCGCGUUAAGUCACACCGUAGGACAGGGGAGCGGACGGAGACUGGCAGCGACAGCACACGGGGCAAAGGGAAAGAGGAUAUAAAAGUGUUGAAGAGGUCCCCACCUGGGAGCAGAAGUGCCGCCUGAACAACAUUUAUCUGCUAGGAUCUGGACGCGUUGGACACACUCAUGUCCUCAAACACAAACUGCUAAAUCCAAGGAGCUAAAAAAAGAAAAAGCCAACUGCUGGCUCCAGCAAGUGGACAGAUUUUAAAGUAAAAACACGGCUGGACAGGGGGAGGGUUGUAUGGGUGCCAAAUCCCCAUCCAAGACUCACCGCAUCUCCUCGAUCUACGGCCUCCUUCCUCUUCCUCCCUCCUCUUCCUCCCUCCAUUGCCUCCUCCACCUCAGCUCUUCUCUCAUUCCACCUCGUUCUCUCUCAUGGGAGUGACAUAGAGGCCGUCGUUUGGUCUACUGCGCCGCCCCUUCCCCGCCUCGCCGUGGAAACGGGGGGGUCCAGGUAGUAAUGUCGUGGAAGAGGAACUACUUUGCAUCGGGUGGCGGUGGCGGAGCAGUAGGAGGGGUGCAGGGGCUGGUGACCCCGAGAACCAUGACCUCUAUUGCACCAAGCAAAGGCCUGAGCAACGAACCCGGACAGAACAGCUGCUUCCUCAACAGCGCUCUGCAGGUUCUGUGGCAUCUCGACAUCUUCCGCAGAAGCUUCCGACAGCUGACCACACACAAGUGCAUGGAGGACUCGUGUAUCUUUUGUGCUUUAAAGAGUAUCUUUGCUCAGUUCCAGUUCAGCAGUGAGCGUGUACUUCCAUCAGAUGCACUGCGGAGCGCUCUGGCCAAGACUUUCCAAGACGAACAACGCUUUCAGCUGGGCAUCAUGGACGACGCUGCCGAGUGCUUUGAGAAUCUCCUGAUGCGUAUCCACUUCCACAUCAGUGCAGAGAGCAGAGAGGACAUCUGCACAGCCAAACACUGUAUACCACACCAGAAGUUUGCCAUGACUCUGUUCGAACAGUGUGUGUGUAACAGCUGUGGAGCCACAUCGGACCCCUUGCCCUUCAUUCAGAUGGUUCAUUACAUCUCCACUACAUCCCUCUGCAACCAGGCGGUGAGGAUGCUGGAGUGCAGAGAGAAAGCUACACCGGACAUGUUCGGAGAGCUGCUCCGCAACGCCAGCAACAUGGGAGACCUGCGCAACUGUCCUAGUAACUGUGGGGAGGUGCUGCGUAUCCGCCGGGUGCUGAUGAACUCUCCAGAGAUCGUGUCCAUCGGCCUGGUGUGGGACUCGGACCACUCUGACCUGGCGGAGGACGUCAUACACAGCCUGGGAACCUGCCUGCGUCUGGGAGAUUUGUUCUACCGUGUGACAGAGGAGAGGGCUCGCCAGGCGGAGCUCUACUUGGUGGGCAUGGUGUGCUACUACGGCAAGCACUACUCCACCUUUUUCUUCCAGACCAAGAUACGCAAGUGGAUGUACUUCGACGACGCCCAAGUCAAAGAGAUCGGCCCUAAGUGGAAGGACGUGGUGUCUCGCUGUAUCAAAGGCCACUAUCAGCCCCUGCUGCUGCUCUACGCUGACCCCCGUGGGACGCCGGUGAUACUGCAGGAGAGCUCCAACCCCUGUACCAGCUCCAAUCCACAGCUGGAGCUCCAGCACUGCAGCAGCAAGGCCGGUUACGACAGCGAAGACUCUGGUCGGGAGCCGUCUAUAUCCAGCGACACUCGUACUGACUCUUCCACUGACAGCUCGAGUCACCGCGCCACCCGCAGCCGAUCCCUCCACCAGUCCACGGGAAGCCACCUCUCCAGCGAGUCCCAGACCACGGUGGUGUGUAAUUACGACAUCGGCACACCGCAGCACGGUGCCGACGCUGGAGAGUCAGCAGUGGAGGGUCCUCCCCGCCCUUCCUCUCCUCCUCUGCAGGAGUACAAGGAGACGGCCGUCUUCCUCCUCUCCUCCCGCCGGCCACUCACCUCCUCCUCAUCCUCGUCUCGUCCCCUGUCCUCCUCCUCUUCGUCAGGAGUCGGGGGCUGUGAGGGCGGGGUUGGGGGCCCCCACUGGGAGGAUGAAAGCACCAGCAGUGAGAGCAAGUCCAGUUCUUCUGGAGGCCGCUACAGGCCGACCUGGAGGCCCAGGAGAGAGGCCCUGAACAUCGAUAGCAUCUUCACCCGACCGAGAGGCCCCUCUCUGGGCUACAACACCCUGCCUGGUCCCUCUCGGCCUCCGGAGCCGCACAGCGUCUUUCCCUUGGCAGGCCCUGCUCCCCCCACACCGCCAGGACUGCAGGAGGCUGAAGGGAGGGAGGUUGGGGAGUAUGAGGCAGGGUUUGGGCUGGUCGGACAGCCCAGGUCUCUGGGCGGCGGGCGGACAAUGGGUCCUCCUCCCCCUCCGCCUCUGAGAGGGGUGGAACACCAACCGCGUCUGAUCCAGAGGAUGGAGAGUGGCUACGAGAGCAGUGAAAGAAACAGCAGCAGCCCCGAUAGGGAGGUGGGGCAACAGAAACGGGUACUGAUGUCAGGACCUUCUUGGCGUUCGGUGCCAAAGUCAAAGAGCAGCGGUGCCAUCCUGCAGGAGCUGCCCUCACCCAGCUGGGGCGGCGGCACCAACACAGGCGGCCGAGGGCGCAGUGAGCUGGACGAGCUGCAGGAGGAGGUGGCGAGGAGAGCCCGCCAACAGGAGCAGCUGAAGCGAAGGGAGGCGGAGCGAGAGAAGGCCAUGGGAUUCAACCCCAAACCCAGCAAAUUCAUGGACCUGGACCAGCUCCAACACCAGGCUGUGCUCAGACCCCUGCAUGAGGCUAACGCUCAUAGCGGAUUGGCUGUAGCUGCGUGCAUGAGGAGCACUGGGGGCCCAAUCAAACGCAGGCAGGAACAGGAAAUGGAACGGGAGACAGGAAGCGCCCGCCCACAGGGGCCUCGCAGUGGACAGCCUGGCCCGGUCCAAGUACUGCUGACGCCCAAUCAGGAGGAGGAAGAGGACCAGGCAACGCCCAACCAGGACGCUGCUCUGGGCCCGGGCCCGCCCCCUCCACCCUAUCGCCACGCUCCCCCUCGACCCGCGCUCACCCUCAGCAUCCCUCACCCUUGCGCCCCUUCCAGCCGAGGGGAGGAAGAGGAAGAGGAGGAGGAGUGUGGAUGCAUGGGGAGGAGAGGGUUGGAAGGCGAGGAUGGGAGGGUGGGGACGGGGGUGAGGCUGUGCGAGUUGCUGCAGGCAGGGGGGGUGAGUGUCAGACCCCUGGGGAAGCACUUAGCUAUCUCUCUGCCCUCGCUUCCUCUGCGUCUCUGGGAUACACACACCAUACACACUGCACACUCCACACACCAUGAACACACACACUCACGUCCUCCUCCUCCGUCCUAUACUCCUGCACCAUCUUCCCCUCUGGAAGACUCCGAGCAAAGGAAACCUCCCUGGCAGCCCCCCGAGCUUCAGUCCCCCACCGGUGCGGCUCAUUGGCCGGGGCAAGAAGCCGCGGCUGACAGCGCCACACGUCAUUGGUCCUCCUGGAGUCUGGACCGUCCCGACGCCGUGGUGACUCCGUACGACACCCCCCCGGACCGCUGUGUCCCCAUCAGGCCGCAGACCACCAGCCAGCAACACAGCUACAGUUGCCAGUCCUCUCCAGGGCACUACAGCUCCCAGCAUGCCCCAGGGCAACAGAGUGAUCACCGCUGUGACCGCGAAGAGGCUGAGCUGUCUGAGCUUGACUCCCUUUACCAAGCCAGUCUGCAGGCUGGAAGGACAGGGUGCAGUCCAUCAGAGAGGCUAAUAUCAAGGGUGGGGGGGCAGGGGCGCUCCAAGACCCCCAACGCAGACAUGGAGAGGAGUGUGUAUGGGGCAGACAGCACCAGCACCCCCACCUACCUCAACAAGCCAAUGACGUUGCGGGAUCUGCGUUUGGGGGCGGGGCCUGAUGAUGGGGAGAACCUGAGACGAAUUGGACGGAGCCUGAGCGGCACCGUAGUGACCUCGCGCCGCGGCCGCCUGACUGCAACCCGCAGCUUUGAGCUAACAGGGAGUACAGGGAGUUUCUGGCUGUGUCUGACGGGGGUCAAGGUGUCUUCUGACCGGAGUCCCACUCUGCUUCACUAACGUCUCACAGUGUGGGGGGGCAGCAGCCAUGACGGACCUAGAAUUGGCUCCGGAGGAUCUACUCCUAUUAUGUUCCUCCUUCUCCUCCCUUAAACAACAUGCACGCACACAUGCACAUCUGCACUGACGUAGAGCCUCCCUCAGCGCCUGCAGCACCCUGCUUACCUCCCCCUACUCCCCCCCUCCCCUUUCUUGACCUACUAUUCUGUCUAUGCAGUCACUCUGACCCCCAAACUACAGCCUCAACCUUCCCACCUACUUCCCGGGACUCUUGUUUCUCCCCCCAGAGAGGUUUCUCUGUGCGAGCGUAAAUUCACCCCCUUCAUCCUAAAGGAACCUCAGCUCAGGGGGGAGACCCCUACUAAGUAGCCACGUCUCUUCCUCUUUCUUCACGGGCAUUUCCUGUUGGACGCACACAUAGCCGAACUGGGUCUGUUUUUAGAUGGACUGCCAUACUUUUUUCCUUUUUCUUUUCGUUAGUUUACAGUAAACCCGCCCAGAGACUGAACUCACUAAUAACAAAAAGUCAUGUACAGACUUAUGAAACCUGUAUAUUAAUUAAUAAGACCUUAUGGAAUGUUGAUAAUGAUAAUUAACGAAUAUUGAUAAAUUUAAAGUGGUACUUCCUCAUGUCUGCUUUUCAAAUAGGAGUGGAGUGCACUUCACAAGUGUCUAGCUGGAGAUUCCGCCGCCCCCUAAACCUGCUCGCUGACCUAAAUGACAGCUCUCCCGUUUCUACCGGGAGAUUAAACAAGAAAAGCGCUUCUUUUUUUUCUCUUCUUUCCUUUCUUUCUUGCUGUCUUUGAUUCACGCUUGUUCCUUUUCUUCCAAAACCGGAAACAGUAGCACCAGAAAUUGGACACAGGGGAGGAAAGUCGAGAAGGAAUGAGAGUAUGUACAUUAGGAGACCCUUCUCUUGAGUAUUUAUCAGUGAAAACAUUGAUUGACUUAAGUGCGCUUUACAAGGUUACAUGGCAGAAGUGCACUUUCCGAAAGCUAUUUGACUGAAAAGCAGCUCGAUGGCAGUUAUUUUACUUAAAGGCCUCAGGUGAAUUUCAGUGGCACUUACAGAUUCACACUAUUGUUUUCCCCUCCCACUGAAACUUGUUUGAGACCUCAGAUGUUAAUAGGAAAUGCUCAUCUUCAGCCUCAGACAGUGACAUGUCUAAUAUGAAUAUGCUUUAUAUGAUAUAUAUGUAUUAGAGGUAUAUUUUCGGCCAGUGAGCUAUCUUCUUCAGAGAUGUCAACCAUUCCUCAGUUGUAUGAACAGUUAUAACUUCAUUCACCCCCUUUACUGAGGAGCGUUCUGACAUGUGUAGAGUACAUUUAUUAUAUGCUUUAUUCUAUUUAAUAAUAUAUACAAAUAACAAAGUCCUUAUACAACAACUGGCCAAUGUAAAGUUCUUUUAGAAUUUACUGAUGUUGAUUGAUCGUUGUAACUAAACCAAAGGUUGGCACUUAACUCAGAGAGCGUAUUUAACAUUGCUGUUUUUAUUUUCAUUUAGAUUUUGUUGUUGUUUUUGUUAGUUUUUUUGGGUUUCUGGAUUUGGGAGAAUGUAGCCAAUUGUAGCGCAUGAGUCCGCUAUGCAAAUCAACCUUCCCUCACGAUCCUGUAUCGGAGACAGCCAGGAGGCAGACACACCCACCCACGGGCGCCCUCAUGGACUCUGGCAGAGACACGGAGGGGUGGAGGAGAUUUCAUGUUCAAUGCUGCUGGUGAACUUUGUUGUUCUGCAUCUAACUGCUAUGUUUCAACCUAUGGAAUGCAAAAAGAGAGCAACAAGGAGGUAGUGGGGAGCAAAAAAAAAAAAUGGAGAAAGAGCGAAUGAAUGUAAACUAAAGGAUGAAAGUGUGUGUUUGUGAAUAGUGUGAGGGUGAGAGACACGAGAGGUUCUGAGAGUGAAGAGUUUACCACUGCAGGUACAUUGUAUGUGGGUGUGUGUAGAUUGUGUGUGUCAGUUCUGGGGUGGUGUUGCUCGGGGAAAGAGGGAACCUGUAUUUUUGCAAUAAAGUUAUUACCAAUGCACUCCCACAGGGGGCGUAACCACCGUAAAA